GCAAAGAGCCAAUCAGUAACCGAGCGCCGGACACGUGACGCAACCACCCAGCACCGACGUCCUGACGAAGGAAAUAAUGUUCGGUUUGGAACUACUUUGAAAGAUUUAAGAUUGAUUUUUGUUUUUAAAAGUGUCCGUCUGGAUUGCUAGGAAGCCAACACCGAAGCCGAGAGUCGACGAGAGAGGUAAUGAGGAGGAGCGGCUGUGAAAGUAGAUGAACUGCAUGGUGCAUCAACGCUUGUUGUCAAAAUCAAAGAGCAGAAGUUUGCUCACAACAAUACCUUUUUCCGUGUGGCGUGCACAGCCUAAAGUUGUUGGACAACUUGUUCUACUUGAUCUUCCGUUUGUGCAAGUCGAGUUGAUUGCAUUAGUCGAAACAGGGCGGACCACGUGAAGGUUGCAAUCAUUACGAACACUUUUAAGCUACUGGCAUUAGAUAAUUGGCGUUGAUCAUGAAGCCCAGGAUUUUUGUUAUCAUGAGUGUUUUGCAGCACUGUUAUUCCUCUCCACAACCACAAGAUCAUGGACCUCAAUCUUACUCAAUAGCAGUGGAUGCAUCGAAACCACAAAAAGAACUAAAGCACUUCUGGAGGAGUACAGGAUUUUGCCCCCCUCUACCACACAACAAAGCAGAUCUGUUUGACCUAAGCAAAGACCAAGAACUGAACCUUGCAUAUGUUGCCUCAGUACCUCAUAAUGGCAUUGAGCAAGUUCGAAUUCAUUGGCUAUUAGAGCUAAUCUCAAUCCGAGAGAUAAAUGGCAAACUUCAGUACACUUUUACAAGCUUGGAUGGUUUAAUUCACAGACUCUGGCAAAAUGAGCUAACACCAGGAUUUGAACUCAUGGGAAAUCCUUCAGGUUAUUUUACCAAUUUUGAAGAAAAAAUACAGGUGUUUGAAUGGAAAAAAAUGAUCGCUAUUAUGGCACAAAGGUAUAUAGAUAUGUACGGUAUGGCAUAUGUGUCAAAGUGGAAUUUUGAAACAUGGAAUGAACCAGAUCAUCACGACUUUGAUAAUUUAACAUUCACAGUACCAGGAUUCCAAAACUACUAUGAUGCGUGUUCUGAAGGACUGAAAGAGGCAAGCACACUACUUAAAUUUGGUGGUCCUGGAGGUUCAUGUCAUCCUCCCCCCCACUCACCAAUUUGUUGGGGAUUGCUAAAUCACUGCUCGAAUGGAACCAACUUCUUUACAGGAGAGAUUGGAAUACGAUUGGAUUAUAUUGCAAUACACAAAAAAGGUGCUGGUAGUUCUCUACACAUCAUAGAGCAAGAAUUGGAUACAGUUCAUCAGAUCCAGAAACGCUUUCCUGAAUUCCAGUCAAUUCCCAUUUACAAUGAUGAGGCUGAUCCACUGGUCGGUUGGGCAAUUCCUCAGGUUUGGAGAGCUGAAGUGACUUAUGCUGCAAUGGUUGCUAAGGUAAUAUCACAGCAUCAGAAUUUACUAAUUGCAAAUCCAGAGAGCACCAUCAAGUUUACAUUGCUUAGCAAUGAUAAUGCCUUCCUGAACUACCACCCAAACUACUUUACACAGCGGACCCUUACUGCCAGAUUUCAGAUGAACAAUACAAAACCACCACAUGUACAGAUGAUUCGCAAACCAGUGCUCACUGUUAUGGGACUGUUGGCGUUAUUAGGUGAGAAACAACUGGAAGUAGAUGUGAUGCUCGGUGGCAAAACCUUAGAUUGGAAUAGUACUUUGGGAGCACUGGCAAGCAUUCAUGAGCCUUCAGAUCAUCAUUCCUCUGACAGUUGGCAAUCCGCAAUAUUAAUUUACAAUAGCGAUGACAUUCGGACAUCGUUAGAUGUUACCACGGUGACUGUCAACCUGACUAAUUUUCCUACCCAAAGAGGACUCAUGUAUGUCAUUUACCACCUGAACAACAAUGAGACCAACCCUUACCUGCAGUGGAAGAAUUUUGGAAGACCAGAUUUUCCAACAGUGGAUAAUUUUCGUAUUAUGAGGGAAAUGGAGGACCCAGUAGUUAAAGGACCAAUGCCAUUUUUUGCAGAAGGAACCCUCAUUUUAAAACUGCAACUUCCUCUUCCAUCUGUGUAUCUUCUGCACAUCUGCGCAAAGCCCAAAGGGCCUCCGAAUCAGGUUAAUGGAGUGAGUUUCAUACCUCUGACCCUGGGUCAAGUGGUCAUCAGCUGGACUGAUGGGUGUGUAAAUUCAAAAUGUUUAAAAACAUUUGACGUAGAGUUUUCAAUUGAUGGGAAAGUUUACAAAAGGAUUAAUGAGAAGGACACUAUAUUUACCAUUUUUGUAUAUGCUCCAUUCAGCAAGAGAAAAGAUCUUUCACAGGUGUCUGGCUUCUACAGGAUUCGUGCAGUAAACUACUGGGGCAAAGCUGGAAAAUAUUCUAACCCUGUUAAAUACGUUGAAGGGAAAUAUUACUAAAUGUUCAUGAGGAACAAUUGUAAUAUCAAUAUGUACAUACAUGAGUCUGCUCUAAGCAGGUAAUUAUAUGAGAUCACAUGGCAAUGCAAGCCAAAAUGAUUCUUAUUUCAAAAUUACAUCAUGAAUGGAAUAUUUUUAAUUCAGUUUAAUAAUAAAAUUCUAUUGGUCUUUUUUAUAAAUCGGCAAU